AUGACAUCGCAUUUUCACUCCUUCCAGUUCUUGCUACUAAUCAGUAUCACCCUUCUAUGCACCACCAUCACCACCACCAUAGCUCAGUCAGCACCACCUCCCGGACCACCAGGUCCGACUAACAUCACCAAAAUCUUGGAAAAAGCCAGCCAAUUCACCACCCUAAUCCGUCUUUUUGCCAUAACAAAGGUAGGUGACCAAAUCAACACCCAACUCAACAACUCCAAACAGGGCAUGACUGUAUUCGCACCCACGGACAACGCCUUCUCCAGCCUCAGCGUCGGCACUCUCAACUCUCUUUCCGAUCAACAAAAGGACGAAUUGGUUCAGUUCCAUGUCAUUCCCACAUUCAUCUCCACCUCACAGUUCCAAACCCUUAGCAAUCCGUUGAGGACACAGGCCGGAGAUAGUACCAGUUAUAACUUUCCGUUAAAUAUUACAACUUCCGGCAACCAGGUGAAUCUAACCACUGGCAUUGUUAAUGCCACGGUGGCGAAUGCAAUUUACACGGACGGUUCACUUGCUGUGUAUCAAGUGGACAAGGUGCUUUUGCCCAUGAGCUUGUUUGGUCCGCAACCUCCUGCAGCCGCUCCAGCACCUGAACCAUUGAAGGAUAAGAAAAAGAAAUCCGGGGACGAGGAUACUACGGCAACCAGCGACGGUAAGGCUAGUGCCAACUCCGUCGGGAGAAUAGGUUUACGUCGGGACUUGCAUGGCUUGACUGGGGGAGCGAUUGCUAUCAUCAUAAUGUUUUAUUUGUAA